GAACGCUGGCGUGCAGCACAAGUGUGUCCUACACUUCCUUGUGUCCUUCACUUCCACUCUUCCAUUCGCGCUUUCAUCCCGCCCCACCGUUCAAAACAGAACGAGGCUGUAAUCGACGAAAUCGACUCGGCUGUCCCGCCAUUUUCCGUUCACCUGUCCUUAUCCGUGUCCAAUAGCACCUUGUCGAUUUAUCGGAUCAAAGUCGCUCCUUCAUGCAUGCGAGCUAUCGUUUCGAAAUCACUCGUCACGAGCAUCCACAACGCCUGGAUUAGGAUCGUCUAGUUCAAGGGCAUGUGACGCCUCCAAGAAGAAUUGCAGUUGGCCAUAUAGCUGAGGAGACUGCCGCUCUGACACGUCCUCGAAAUCAUAGCAACUUCGCUGGCAGCCAUGCCAUUAUCUCGGAGUGACACUGGCUCGAGUACCGGUGAGAUCAACCAAGGCCCGGUCCCCAUGCCUGCGGGCGUCUAUACGCUUCCGAUCCACGGCAACUGUCCGAGGUGUCACCACUACCACGCCGCCGUCAGUAUCAGCGUCCGAGUGUCCAGUGACCCUCGCCGAGUCAGUCAUGUGUAUUGCGAGCGGUGCAGGGAGAAAUGGCUUGCGUUUGGCGGAACUGGCUCGACUAGGAUGUCACUGCUGUCCACUCGAACCAUGGAACCGGACAUUGUGGAACGUCGUUUCCGCUACGCAAUUGUCGACAUGGUGCGAUCCGUGACAUCACUAGCGUCCAGCACUGCUCUCUCCAGAGUGCCGGAAGUUCCAUCCAGGGGACCAUCUCGAAGACACUCUGGGAAUUUCUCUGACGUGGAUGGAGUGGAAGUGCAAUCACCUGCCAUCCCGCAUGGGCGUCCGUCACCACAGCAUCAGCAUCCUCACCAGAACCGCCUGCUGCCUCAGGAUGGGUCACGCACCACGUGGUUGAACAUCGGGAAUAGAACUAGGCUGCAAGCUUACCUGAGUUUCCAACGUAUCAAGAAGAAGGUCAACGGCCAGCUCGAGAAGCUGAGGAACUACGAUACAAAGCAGUUGCUGCUGUGGAGGAAGCACCGUCACGAAGUCUCCGCUUUUGAAGCGGAAACUACGCAAAUCAAGACACCCGCGCUCGAGAGUAGUGGACCACCUCGUGUUGAAUUAAGCCUCCUUGAACCUCUCCAUGUCGAGGAAAUCCCGCCCACCUCAGGUCCACGCAGCACUGAUGGACCUCCACCAGCCUCGUCAGGGCCCACUUCUUCCCUUGAGCAGGUUCCACUUGACCGCGUUGAACAGGAGAUGUUAAGGAGCAUGACGAAGGAACAGCGGAUUGGCUGGAUCCGAGGACAACUCACCGAAUUCAAAUACCGUCAUGCGAGCAAUAUCGCCCGUCGACGUACUUCUAGCUCACUGAACCCCUCUGUCACCGACAGUGAUGACAUAGAAAUCUUACCCCCGGCACCGUCUCCACCCUUGUUUCCACGCCAGCUCAGCUAUCGGAGAUAUUCCGACGAUGUCCUCCUCACUGGAAGUCAUCUCAUGGGAUUUGAAGCAGGGGAGUUGUUUUACGAGUCUCGUCGGUUCAGCAUCGGCAGCACUACACGCCUUUCUCAGGCUGUCACGGCAGUGAGCUCCGACGGCCCAGGCGCUUCUUCAGAGCUAGGCUACUCGGAAGCGCCGCCCCGACGACAUUCCGGGGCAUAUCCAUCACCGUCAACCAGAUCUCGCAGAUCCCUCCUCCGUUAUUCCUUGGGUGUCGACCAUCUGAAUGCUAGGGCUUCGAUGGAGUCAACGGCGGCUGGGGCUGUUCAGUCAUCCUCUACGCCUCAGUCGAACGGGAUACAGACUUCGGAACAUCGCCGGUCCUCCUCCUUCCAAUCACCUUUACUUUAGAUUUCACCUGGACUUGCCAACGAUGAGUGUCCUUUUCUUCUUCCUUUUUCUUUCCCUUUGGCAUCACAUAGACUACAAAUGGCCUUACUCCGCACACACUUGCCCCGUUUACCGUUUCCGAUUAGAUUUCCAUGAUUUGAUGAAGAUCAAGCUUUUCUACACAAGUCCCAAAAUCUCGGGUUGUAUAUCUCCCAUGUACUUUAGAUUUUCCGCUCUCUCCGCACUCACAGCGGGCUUUC